AUGGAAGGCUCAUCAAAGACCAUCAAGAAGAAUGACCUGUAUGCCUUUGAGCUUCCAAAAGAAAUAUUAGAGUCUCUUGAGCUUAUGGUCUUCGACGCAUCUGUCGCCGAAGUCCAGGUCGAGACCAAAACACACAGAGCUGAGCCUGAAGCCAAACAACCAGUCGAGGCCGAUAGCAGCUACACUCGUGCAUGCAGAACCUGUGGAGAAGAAUUCUCCUCGGAGAUUUUGCAAAAAUCUCAUUAUAAGACUGAUUAUCAUAGAUUCAACAUUAAGCGCAAACUAAAUGACAUGCCAGCCCUGAGUUUGGACGAGUUUGAGGUUAUGACGGAAAACAAUGACGUGGAAAGUAUAUCAGGGUCGGAUACAGAGUCUGAGUCGGAAAAGGAUGAAGACAUUUACAAAGAGGAUAAAGAUAAACUCUCCGCCAUUCUCGAAAACCAGGUGACCAAGCUGGACAUCCAAGGCGAUCUCUCAGAAUCCAAAAGUCACCUAAAUACAAGGUCUCCGCAUAUCUUCUUCAAAUCCUCUUUCCUUCCUGAAAACGAGGUUUUUAGUGCCUUCAAGGCAUUAUUCUCAAAAGCGACAAUAUCAAAACCUCUAGAAACUAUAAUCAGUUGGAAUAGCAACAAUGAAUCAAAAAAUGCAGUCGACGCUCCGUUCUCUGCGCUGUUUAUGGUAGGCGGCGGCCAUUUUGCUGGUGCUAUUGUUUCACACAAGCGGCUGAACAUCAAAGGCCAUAUGACAAAGGGAAAUGAGACAUUACAAGAAAGGGCUGUGCAAUUUUUAGAACAUAAGACAUUUCACAGAUACACAACAAGAAGGAAGCAGGGUGGAGCUCAAUCCACAAUGGAUAACAGCAAAGGAAAAGCAAAUUCCGCUGGAUCUUCUUUGCGUAGAUAUAAUGAGACAGCGCUCAGAAUGGAUAUUCAACAAUUGCUUCGUCAAUGGGAGCCAUAUCUCAAAAAUUGCGAGAACAUUUUUAUUAGAGCUAAGAGUACCAGCGAUCAAAAAAUCUUUGUCGACAGCAAUACGUGCAUUAAAAAAGAAGACCCGCGGUUGAGAUCAUUUCCAUUCACUACGAAGCGCCCAACAGGUCACGAGCUGAAAAGGGCAUGGUGUGAACUAUCUUAUUUGCAUAUCGAAAGUAAGCCUAAGGCUGUCGUGACUAAAGAAUCCACUCCUGAGGUUGCGGUCAGAAAAGAACAGAAGACUCAGGAUGCUAGUGUUCAAAAGCAGAACCCAGAAGUAGUACACACUAGGGAAAUUGUAGCACUUUUGAAAAAGUCGCGAGCACCUAUGUUAAUAUCUUACAUUAAAAAGAAUAAUCUUGACGUGAACUUUAUUUUACAGCCAUCGCUGGAGUACGCUCAAACCCCGACAAUGCUACAUUACGCCUCGCAGCAGGGGUUAAAGAACAUGGUUUUAAUUUUGCUCAAUAAUCUUAAGUGCGACCCAACACUGAAAAACAUCAAUGGAAGAACACCAUGGGAUUUGACCAAAAAGAAGGAAGUUCACCAAGCUUUUCAGAUCGCCAGGUUCAACUUGGGAGAGUCCUUUACCAACUGGGAAGCGUCAAAUGUCGGUGAAGCUCUAAGUAGAGAGCAGGUCGACGCACUCAAUGAGAAAGAAUUGAAACAGAAGGAAGCCGAAAGAGCAGAUGCCAUAAAAGUGGAACUAGAAGCUGCGAAGGCAAAGCAAGAACUUGAUAAAGAAGCCAAAAGAGGGUCCGGAAGAACGCUUUUACCACAGAUGUCAUCAACGCAACAGACCAUGAACUCUUUGAGCGAGAACCAAAGAAUGCGUCUCAUGAGGGAGCAAAGAGCCAGGGCUGCAGAGGCUAGAAUGAGACAAAAUAUGGGUUGA